AUGGCCACCAAAGCAGAUGUUAUUGAUCCUAAGCUACCUGACGGUAGACUAGUGACAAAAUUAUUUAAUAAAAUUUCCGGACAACCUGAUUCAUUUAUCAAUAGAGGUAAUUAUGAUUUUGGGAAGACAUUGGGUGCUGGGACUUUUGGAUUAGUACGAGAAGCUAGAAACAUCUCUACAGGUGAAAAAGUUGCAGUGAAAAUUCUUCUAAAGAAAGCAUUAAAGGGGAAUGAUGUUCAAUUACAAAUGCUAUAUGAUGAAUUAUCAUUAUUACAACAUCUACAUCAUCCUAAUAUUGUUGAGUUCAAGGACUGGUUUGAAUCCAGAGAUAAAUUUUAUAUAGUAACCCAAUUGGCUACUGGUGGGGAAUUGUUCGAUAGAAUCUUAAAACGUGGGAAAUUCACAGAAUUGGAUGCAGUUAAGAUUGUUAUUCAAAUGCUAGCUGCUAUAGAAUAUAUGCAUGCACAAAAUGUGGUUCAUAGAGAUUUAAAACCAGAAAAUAUUUUGUACGUUGAUAAAUCAGAAAGUUCACCAAUUGUUAUUGCAGAUUUUGGUAUAGCUAAGAAAUUGAGAGGUAAAAAUGAUUCUAUUAAUAAAGCGGCAGGUUCGCUUGGGUAUGUUGCUCCUGAAGUACUGACUAGUAAUGGACAUGGGAAACCAUGUGAUAUUUGGUCUUUAGGGGUUAUUACAUAUACCUUACUUUGUGGCUAUUCCCCUUUCAUUGCAGAGAGUGUGGAUGGUUUCUUAGAAGAAUGUACUGCAGGUCCAUCUCCUGUAAAAUUCCAUUCUCCUUAUUGGGAUAAUAUUACUGAUGAUGCUAAAAAAUUUAUAUUACGUGCUUUAACACUGGAUCCCUUAAAAAGACCUACUGCCACACAAUUAUUAGGUGACCCAUGGAUAAUGGAUAUGAAUGUCAGCAGAGGAAAUACCAAUAUUUUGCCAAAUGUCAAAAAGGGAUUCGAUUUACGUGGAAAAUUGCGUAAGGUUCUUGAUAAUGUUAAACUAGAAAACAAAUUAAGAAGAUUGAGAAAUUUAUAUAUUGCUGAAAAUGAUUUGGAUGAGGAUUUACAAGAGAGGGAAUUGAAGGAUGAUCCAUUGACAAAUGUAACAGACUCACUACAUGGGUUGAAGGUGGAUUCGAAGAGGGAAAUUAACAAGUUGACUGCAGAACAAUGCAAAUUGAAGAGUGCAUUGGCAGAAGAGUCGUUCGCAUCAAUUGUGAAGGCUGUAGCCAGUGAUCGAAAGAGAUUGAUCAAUGGCAUUACACAUUCGAGUCAAGGUUCUAAAUCGACAACUCAAUCAGAACAUUCUUCAAAGACUGAAAGUACAAUAAGUGAAGAAUCAUGA